AUGCACAUCCUCGUCACGAACGACGACGGCCCCCCCUCAGCCGAGUCGUCCCCCUACAUCCUGCCCUUCGUCCGCACGCUGGAAGCAGCCGGUCACACCGUUAGCGUCAUUAUCCCGGAUAGUCAGCGGAGUUGGAUUGGGAAGGCUCAUAUCGUGGGCCAAGACGUGCGAACGGAGGCGUACUGGCCUCCCGAGACUAACCCAGGCGUGCACUCUACCACCUCCGCCACUCCCCGUACCACCGGCCAAGAUGGCACAGGGGAAGCAAGGGACGGCCGGCAGCCGUGGGUACUGGUAUCCAGCACGCCAGCCACAUGUGCCCAACUCGGCCUCGGCUCCCUCUUCUUCACCUCCCGCGGCCCGAUAGAUCUAGUGAUUUCCGGCCCCAACUACGGCCGCAACACCACCGCCGUCUUCGCCCUCUCCUCCGGCACGCUGGGCGCCGCGCUCGAAGCCGCCGCGUGCGGAUACCGGGCCAUUGCGCUCAGCUUCGCGUUCUUCGACCGGGUCAACGACCCCGAGAUCGUUGGGGAGUGCUGUAGACACGCUGUCAAAGUGUGCGAGCACUUGGCUGCAAAGGCGGCGUGGGGGGAGGGGAAGUUGUAUAGUGUCAACGUGCCUGUGCUGAAAGGAGUGGAGGGGCGGAAGGUGGUGUGGACGCGGGUGCUGCAGAAUGUUUGGGGGAGGGGGGCGUGUUUUGCUGAAUUGCCUGAUGCUAAAGCCGGGGAGGAAGUGGAUGCCGAGACGGAGGAGGUGAGGAUACGGAGGCGUGAGAGUGGGGGUGCUGAGGAGAAGGAGAUGAUGAAGGGGCCGAAGGUGGAUGGGGAAGGGGUUGGUGGGAAGGGCGAGUUCCGGACGAGGCAUUUUAAAUGGAGUCCCCGGUACAAAGCUCAUGAGCAAAACUUUACCAUGCCUGGGAUAUUCGCUAACCCCUUUCCUGCAGGUUUACAGAUGUCUUCGACAGUGUAG